UCUCUCUUCCCUUGCUUGCCCCGCUUCCCAUUCACCUAUCUUACCUAACUCUCUCUCUGCGUACAUGCGCGCUGAACCAACUAAAGCCUAAUAAACAAAAGAAAAAAUAUAUUAAAAUCAACCUCUUUUCUUUGUUGAAUUUCUGCAUCCCCGCGAUCCUGAGAGAGAGAAAGAGAAAAGAGGGUGGGCAAGGAAUAAUGGCGACGAUAACGGUUGAACUGCAAACGGGCGACUUGGCGUGUGGCGAGUACACGAUUCACGCGAGAGAUGCUGACGAGUUAUCGAUUUUAUGCUCGCUGCCUCCUGGGCAGCUCGUUGGAGCGAAACUGGUCGUUCAUCGAGAAGCCCCAGUGAGUUCAUGGGUAAGAUAUGGGGGAACAAUCAAUGGUGUAUCUGCGGUACUGGGAUGGACUGCGGCUGUUAUGAUUUACCUGAGAAGGUAACGGAAAACAAAAAAAAACAGGGGGUUAUUAUGAGCUUCUGUAAUGCUAUCGGCAGACAUGGACAUGUUUUUUUUAGUUGUUCUUGUGUCUUUUGGUCAUUGGACAUUGGGUGUUUCCAGAAAGUUGAUAUUCAUCGUGCCCCGAUUUUCAACAGCGUUGUCUCGAUAGUCUGCCUGCACGAGCGAGCGAGCAACAUACCCGAUUCAGUACUCGUACGAUAG